AUGAGUCGAAGAUAAAAUGUAAAUGAAGAAAACUUGAAUUGGAUUCUCAAAUAUCCUAAUGAAUUUUCACAAGAGGAUUUUGAAUCUUAACAUAUGCAUAUACUUAAGUAAGAACAAUUUGGGUAAUUAAAAGAAUCAGAUGAAAUUUUGAAUCCAUAACUUUAUACAUUUUGGAAUUGA